GUGAACUGUUGUCAAAAGUGCUGAAAUGCUGGUGAAAGCAGUAGAAUGAAUUGUUUUGGCCGUAUUUGCACAAUUGCUGUCUAAGUGAGUGACUGCCGAACAAGCACCAUGUAUUCAUAAGCACCUUCCGUACACCUGCGAAUCGGAAUUUAAAGCGACCCCGGGGCAGAAGCGCCGCAUUUCUUCGGCGAACGUUCCGCGGAGUCGUUGGAUUGGACUAGACUGGAUUGGAUCGGUGACUAAAACGGUCGGACAACAACAGUAGCUUGAUUAGUUGGCAGUAAACAGAGCUGGCGAUCGCAUCGGUCAUUCACACCGCAUCGUUUUGGCCAGAAGCACUACCAAACCCAUAGGCCUUCGAGAUGGGUCUGCGGUUCCAGCAACUGAAGAAGCUCUGGCUGCUCUACCUCUUUCUCCUCUUUUUCGCGUUCUUCAUGUUCGCCAUCAGCAUUAACCUCUAUGUGAGCAGCAUCCAGAGCAGCGAUUCGGAGAUGCGUCAUCCGAAACCACCGCCCAAACGCCGAUCCCUCUGGCCGCACAAAAACAUAGUGGCCCACUACAUCGGCAAGGGAGACAUCUUCGGCAACAUGACUGCAGACGAUUACAACAUCAACCUGUUCCAGCCCAUCAAGGGAGAAGGUGCCGAUGGGCGACCUGUUGUGGUGCCGCCGCGCGACCGCUUUCGCAUGCAGCGCUUCUUCCGGCUAAACAGCUUCAACUUGCUGGCCAGCGAUCGCAUCCCAUUGAACCGCACCCUUAAGGACUACCGUACCCCAGAAUGUCGCGACAAGAAGUACGCCAGCGGUCUGCCCAGCACAUCGGUGAUCAUUGUCUUUCACAAUGAGGCCUGGUCCGUACUCCUGCGCACCAUCACCAGCGUCAUCAAUCGGUCGCCGCGACACGCCCUUAAGGAAAUUAUCCUGGUCGACGAUGCCAGCGAUCGCUCUUAUUUAAAACGUCAGCUGGAGAGUUAUGUGAAGGUUCUUUCGGUGCCAACCAGGAUUUUCCGCAUGCAAAAGCGCAGUGGCUUGGUACCCGCCCGUCUUUUGGGAGCCGAGCACGCUCGCGGAGAUGUGUUGACCUUCCUGGACGCCCACUGCGAGUGCUCGCGAGGAUGGCUGGAACCACUUCUUUCCCGGAUCAAGGAAUCGCGCAAGGUCGUUAUAUGCCCUGUGAUCGACAUCAUAUCUGACGACAACUUCAGCUACACAAAGACCUUCGAGAACCAUUGGGGCGCAUUCAACUGGCAGCUGAGCUUCCGGUGGUUCUCCUCCGACCGCAAGCGUCAGACCGCCAGUAACAGCUCCAAGGAUAACACUGCCCCGAUAGCCACGCCCGGAAUGGCCGGCGGACUGUUCGCCAUCGAUCGCAAGUACUUUUACGAAAUGGGAUCCUACGACAGCAAUAUGCGCGUCUGGGGCGGCGAAAACGUAGAGAUGUCCUUUCGCAUUUGGCAGUGCGGCGGUCGUGUCGAGAUCAGUCCCUGUUCCCACGUGGGUCACGUAUUCCGCAGCAGCACGCCAUAUACGUUUCCCGGCGGCAUGAGCGAGGUGCUAACCGAUAAUUUGGCGAGGGCAGCCACCGUGUGGAUGGACGAUUGGCAGUACUUUGUGAUGCUCUACACUUCCGGUCUGUCGCUCGGUGCCAAAGACAAGGUGAAUGUGACGGAGCGUGUGGCGCUUAGAGAGAGACUGCAGUGUAAACCGUUCUCCUGGUAUCUGGAGAACAUUUGGCCGGAGCACUUCUUUCCGGCCCCCGACCGGUUCUUCGGCAAGAUCAUCUGGCUGGACGGGGAGACGGAAUGCGCCCAGGCCUACAGCAAGCACAUGAAAAACCUUCCAGGUCGUGCUUUGUCACGAGAGUGGAAACGUGCGUUCGAAGAGAUCGAUACCAAGGCGGAGGAGUUGCUGGCGCUGAUCGAUCUGGAGCGGGACAAGUGUCUGCGCCCACUUAAAGAAGACGUGCCGCGCUCCUCGCUGUCGCCGGUAACCGUGGGCGACUGCACAUCCCACGCCCAGACGAUGGACAUGUUCGUGAUAACCCCGAAGGGCCAGAUCAUGACUAACGACAACGUAUGCCUUACCUACCGCCAGCCAAAGCUGGGUGUGAUCAAGAUGCUUAAGAACCGCAACGCUACCACUUCAAAUGUAAUGCUGGCGCAGUGCGCUUCUGACUCCAGUCAGUUGUGGACCUAUGACAUGGAUACGCAACAAAUCUCGCAUAGGGACACAAAGCUGUGCCUGACCCUCAAAGCGGCUACGAAUGCGCGCCUUCAGAAGGUCGACAAGGUAGUGCUCAGCAUGGAGUGCGACUUCAAGGACAUCACCCAGAAGUGGGGCUUUAUACCAUUGCCAUGGCGCAUGUAGAGUAAAGGGUGCCAUGCCAGUGCCAGGAAUUUAUAUCCAAUAACCCUGCCAGCAACUCUUUAACGCAUUGUGAUAUUUAUUGAAAUUGUUUAACGAAAUUCACUCGUUGAUUUUUUUAUGUAAACAAGUAACCAACCCACAAGCACACAAAACACCUGCAAACUAGCUAUCCAAAAGCCCGAUACCACUGUCACAUUCUCCAUUAGAGCAGCAAUAAUCAAAUGAUCAAAAAUUAUCUAAAGUAGUGGUGGAAAAAAUUAGUGACAGUGGAACCAGGCUUCACAAAACAACUGAACACCGAUGCAGACCCACAAGAAUUGUUUUUUAAACACUAUCUGAAUGCGUCCGAGAGCUUUUCUCUCGCCGCGCAUUGCGACUCGAUAGAUCUAGAUAGCAUAUUUCUGUGCUAAGUCUACAUCAUAUUUAUUAAGCAAGUCUUAGGCAAUUUUAAGCUGUACUAAAUUACUUAAUACCUUCGAACCUACUUUUUGUAUAUCACUUAAUAAAGCAACCAAAUGUA